UUUUUUUUUUUUGCAUCAGCUUUGCAGCCUUGCAUGGUACAUCGAUCGUCUGGCCACAGACCGUGACCCCGGUUGAGUCCACGGUAAGGAGGGAGACCAGCUGAAGAUGAAAUUCCGCAUGCUCUGGCUCAUCUCUUUCUUCACACUCACCGACGGCGGGGAAGGCUUCCUGGGGAGAAAUGAAGGCAUGAAAACAAAAAGAGGACUCACUGUGAAUAAGAAAAAGCAUCCAGGCUCAGUCCAGGAAUAUGAGCUGCUGCUUCAGGUGGCCUACAGAGAUUCCAAGGAGAAGAGACACUUGAAGAAUUUUCUGAAGCUUUUGAAGCCUCCAUUGUUAUGGUUACAUGAACCAAUGAAGAUUAUCAGCGCAAAGACCACCACAUACUGUGGGCACCAGAAUGGGGUCCUGCAGUGUUCCUGUGAGGACGGCUAUUCCUGGUUCCCUCCCUCAUGCCUUGAUCCCCAGAAAUGCUACCUUCACACGGCCGGAGCCCUCCAGAGCUGUGACUGUCAUCUCAACAACCUCACCCAGAGCCUCAGUUUCUGCGAGAGAGCAAAGGUUUGGGGCACUUUCAAAAUCAAUGAACGAUUUACCAAAGACCUUUUGAAUUCAUCUUCUCCUUCAUAUUCCAAGUAUACAACUGGAAUUGAAAUUCAACUUAAAGAAGCAUUCAAAAGAAUUCAAGAUUUUGAGUCGGUUCAUGUCACCCAAUUUCGUCAUUAUAGGGAUGGAAGCAUCAUUGCUGGGUUUGAAGUUGUGGGUUCCAGCAGCACAUCUGAGCUGCUGUCAGCCAUCGAACAGGUGGCUGAGAAGGUGAAGGCAGGCCUUCGCAAGCUGUUCCCACUAGAAGACAGCUCUUUCAGAGUAUUUGGAAAAGCCCAGUGUAACAGCAUUGUCUUUGGAUUUGGGUCCGGGAAUGACGAGUACACUCUUCCCUGUAGCAGCGGCUACACUGGAAACAUUACAGCCAGGUGCCAGCCCUCUGGGUGGCAGGUCCUCAGGGAGACAUGUGUACACUCUCAGCUGGACGAACUGAAGAAGAAUUUCAGUGUGAUCGCAGGCAAUGCCACUGAGGCAGCUGUGUCAUCCUUGGUGCGAAAUCUUUCAGUCGUCAUUCGGCAAAACCCAUCAACUACAGCUGGCAAUCUGGCUUCAGUGGUGUCCAUUCUGGACAACGUCUUGUCUCUGUCACUGUCAAGUCAUUUCAAGGUGUCCAAUUCAACCAUGGAGGAUGUCAUCAGUAUUGCUGACCACAUCCUUAAUUCAGCAUCAGUAACCAACUGGACGGUGUUACUGCAGGAAGAACAGCAUGCCAGCUCACGAUUACUGGAGACACUGGAAAACAUCAGCAGCCUCGUACCUUCGACAGCUCUGCCCCUGAGUUUCUCUCGGGAAUUCAUUCACUGGAGAGGGAUUCCAGGGUCCCAAAGCCAACUUGAGAUGGGUUACAGCUAUGAGGCUAAAAUAUCGCCCCCAAAUACUUCCAUUCCCAUCAGAGGCCAUGUGUUAAUUGGGUCAGACCAAUUCCAGGGGUCCUUUCCAGAAACUAUUAUCAGCAUGGCCUCGUUGACCCUGGGGAAUAUUCUAUCCAUUGCCAAAAAUGGAAAUGCUCAGGUCAAUGGGCCAGUGAUAUCCACGGUUAUCCAAAACUAUUCCAUAAAUGAAAUUUUCCUGGUUUUUCCCAAGACAGAGUCAAAUCUGAGCCAGCCUCACUGUGUGUUUUGGGAUUUCAGGCAUUUGCAAUGGAACAAUGCGGGCUGCCACCUAGUGAAUGAAACUCCAGACACGGUGACGUGCCAAUGUACUCACCUGACCUCCUUCUCCAUACUGAUGUCACCCUUAGUCCCCCCUGCCAUCAUCCCCUUUGUGAAAUGGAUCACUUUUGUGGGACUGGGCAUCUCCAUCGGAAGUCUCACCUUAUGCCUAAUCAUUGAAGCUCUAUUUUGGAAGCAGGUCAAGAAAAACCAAACUUCCUACACGCGCCAUAUUUGCAUGGUGAACAUAGCCUUGUGCCUCCUGAUUGCUGAUGUUUGGUUUAUCGUUGCUGCCACUGCAGACUCCACAGUAAGCUUUUCUGGAGUCUGCAUAGCUGCAGUGUUUUUUAUGCACUUUUUCUACCUCUCCUUGUUCUUUUGGAUGCUCAUGCUUGGCAUCCUGCUAGCUUAUCGGAUCCUCUUUGUGUUCCAUCAUGUGGGCCUGCAUUUGAUGAUGGCUUUCGGGUUCUGCCUGGGCUAUGGGUGCCCUCUCAUCAUAUCUGUCGUCACCAUUGCCGUCACGCAACCUGGCAAUGGCUACGAAAGGAAAGACGUGUGUUGGCUUAAUUGGUCUGAUAAAAGCAAACCCCUCUUGGCCUUUGCUGUUCCUGCACUGACUAUUGUGGCUGUGAAUUUGGUUGUGGUGCUAUUAGUUCUCACAAAGCUCUGGAGGCCCACUGUUGGAGAAAGGCCGAGUCAGGACAACAAGGCCACUAUUGUCCGCAUGGGGAAGAGCCUCCUCAUCCUGACCCCUCUGCUGGGGCUCACCUGGGGCUUUGGCAUAGGAACAAUAGUGGACAACCGGAAUCUGGCUUGGCAUGUUAUUUUUGCAUUACUCAAUGCAUUCCAGGGUUUUUUCAUCUUAUGUUUUGGAAUGCUCUGGGAUAGUAAGCUGCGACAAUUGCUGUUCAACAAAUUGACUCCUUUAAGCUCUCAGAAGCAAGCAUCAAAGCAGAACUCAACAGAUGUAUCUGCCAAACCCAAAUUCCCCAAGCCUUUCAACCCACUGCAACACAAAGGCAUUUAUGCUCUUUCCCAUACUGGAGAAUCGUCAAAUGACAUCAUGCUAACCCAGUUUUUAUCAACUGAGUAAG